CCUGCUUGGGAGGAUGGACAAGACAGGGUAAUAUUCUCAUUCCGAUCAUGUCUGAAGCAGAUCCCGCACCAAAAGAACUGUUACAAGAGGCUUCCUAUGCAUGCCGAGGGCCCUGCAAAUCGAAGCGAUGCAACUGCCGAAAAGCCGGUCUAAAGUGCAACUCUGCUCGCAAAGUAUGCCGCGGAAAAUCGCGCAACAACUCAAAGAGAUGGACUGCUACAGAACACCAUGAUAGCGAAACUCCGACGACUACAGAUGCAUGUGAGGAGAACGGUGGGCAAACUACCGUAGAACCCGAUAAUAAUGACUUAAUAGAAGAUGAUGAGACCUCAUCAAGCGGCCAAGAUGCAACGACCGACGAUGACGAAAUUAACGAAAAUGACGUCGGCUACGACUUUAAUGACUUUGAUCUUCAAUGAUUUAUCCUACUUGUAAUAGAUUGGGGUGGAUAUAACAUUGAGCUGAAUAUACUUUCAAUUCCACUUACAUGCUAUUGUAGGUUUCAUUGGCUCAAGUGAGGGUUGUACACCUUAUGUAUGAAAUGUAAAGUAACAAAUGUAAUACAAACAUAUUUGAACACAA